AAAAGGACUAAACUUCAGCCAGGAGAACAAGUGAGAUAAUCCAUCCACAAUACGAGAUGUUCCCCCAGCCACUGUGAACAUGGAGACAGCUGCAGUCAGUCAUGGAGCACCUUCCACUGUAACUGCUCUGGGACCAGGUACAGCGGAGCCACCUGUCACAGCUUACAUUUUUGUGGCAGAAGGUCAAGCAGAGAUCCAACUUCUUUCCAGGAGUCAUGAUUGACUUCAAGCAUGGCAUGUUCAGCAGUGGCAGGAGCAGCCUAUGUAAACCAUAAGUGCAAUAUACGAGCAGUCCUGCGGGGCUCACAAACACACAGGCAACAUUUCAGGGUAUUAUUACAUUGAUGUGGACAGCAGCGGACCCAUUCAAGCCACAGCUGUUAUACUGCAACAUGACAGAGGGCUCUCCACUCAGCUGGUGGGUAGGAGAGCCAGGUGUGGGACAAAUGCACACUCACUGGGGCGGAGCUCCGCCAGGGAGCCAGCAAUGUGCCUGCAGUCUGCAGGAUAACUGUGUGGACUCCAGAUGUCACUGCAACUGUGGUGCUGACAGCAAUGAAUGGACUCACGAUUUAGGCCUUUUGACCCUUAGGGAGACACUCCUGAUUAGAUCUCUGGUGCUGGGUGACAUCCAGAGACCUGGCUCCGAAAGCACCUACAAGACCACUUCAUCAUCUGGUGUCUUCCUGGAAAACUUGGGCAUCGAAGACUUCAUUCGGAUUGAACUCAACUGUGAGCAAAACCUCUCUGAGGUUUCAGCCAGCUUCAAGUCAGAAACAUCAGUCACCUGUGCCUUCAAGGAGCAGAUGGUGAACGAGCUGAACAGGAGCAGCAGCGGCACCACUCCUUCCCCCUUCUCCAUCUACUCUGACAUAACCCUAAAAGCAGAAAACGUGUCCCUGAGCUUCAGGACCAGCCAGAGUCUUGCUCUGCUCCUCUACGUCAGCUCCUACCACAGAGAGUACUUUGCUGUGCUGCUCAGCGAGCCAGGUCCCGGGGAAAGGGUUGUGCGGAUCUUCAUCUUGAGCUGCAGCAAAGGAGUCGUCCAAAAAGUCCACUGGGAAGUUGGAUGAAGAGGGCAUGGAAAUAGCUGUUUGUCGCCACGGAGUCCUAGCUGCAUUGAACAUGUUUCGAGGGGAGAUCUUUGCUUACCCCCUUUUUCUCCAGAGGAAGUUGGCAGCUAAUGUCCCAGGACAUAUUACGUUCCUUUGCUCUGAUGUGGCCUGUAAAUAUUUCCCCUAUUUAACCAAGGUGGCUCAGCAGUGCCCUGAGCUGAGGAACCUCUUGUCAAUGCGUCCUUUUCUCUCCGUCAUGCAUGCAAAGGCUCACACUUGGAAAUGCGAG